AAUUUGACGCUUAUCUGACACUUGCCACGUGUUUGAGUUGGUGAAGAGAGGGAGAGGGUGUCAGCUAGUGUUUUUGGUGGCGGAAAAAAUAGUGGCCUGGUAUUGGUGGAGAGAACAUAAAAAAGAAGGACGAGGUCUCCACCACGAGGAGUAGCUAGAGAGAGAAAACCAGAAACCCAUUAUCAAGAGUAGCCAUGCCCAUGGAGAAAUGGGUCAGGCAAUCUCUGCCCCUUCUUUAACAACACCCACUUAUAAUAUUUCCACCAUUUCUUCUCACUUUCCCAAUCAACACAGAACCCACCUGUUCAACCCCACCUCUCUCAGUUUCCCAUCUCUCCAACCUCAUUGCCACACUUUCCUCAAGGCCACUGAAAACCCCAUUGUUUCAUUUUCUCGUUCCCCUUUGCCUUCUGAAACUCUGAAUGCAAUGAGGAACGCAACCAAAGAUGAAGUCUUUGAGAAGCCUGGUUUGGACUCACAUGAAAUUCCUGAAGAGUUGGUAGAGGAGAUGGUUACUGAGGCCCUGGUUUGGAGUUCUCUUCAUGGGUUGGUUGUAGGAGAUAAAGAUGUUCAGAUGUCUGGAAAGGUUCCUGGCGUGGGUAUGGUUCAUGCUCCAGUUUCCCUUUUGCCUGUAUCAUUUCCUCAGAGUGAUUGGAGGCAAGCCUGUGAUCUGGCACCACUUUUCAAUGAGCUUGUGGAUCGUGUGAGUUUGGAUGCUGAAUUCAUCCAGGAAUCACUUUCAAGAACUAAGAAAGUGGAUGAGUUCACAGGAAGGCUUCUAGAUAUCCAUUCUAAGAUGCUGGAACUCAAUAAGAAAGAGGAUAUACGUUUGGGACUACAUCGCUCUGAUUACAUGCUUGAUUCUGCAACCAAAGAACUUCUUCAAAUCGAGCUGAACACAGUUGCUUCUUCAUUUCCUGGUCUUAGUUGCAGGGUUACCGAACUUCACAGGUUUUGGUUGCACUUACUUAAUCAUUAUGGGAAGCGAAUUGGAUUAGAUUCCAAGAAAGUACCUGGAAACACUGCAGUUAUCAGAUUCGCAGAGGCCUUAGCUCAAACAUGGAAUGAGUACAAUAAUAGAAGUUCCAUAAUUCUGGUUGUGGUGCAGCCAGAGGAGCAUAACAUGUAUGACCAGCUUUGGCUCUCUUCUAUAUUGAAGGACCAGCAUGGUAUAACAAGUAUUAGGAAAUCAAUGGCUGAAGUAGAUUCAGAGGCAGAACUUCGGCCAGAUGGAAGACUCUUUCUAGGAGACUAUGAAGUUGCGGUCAUUUACUUCAGAGCUGGAUAUAGUCCUAACAAUUAUCCCACAGAAUCAGAAUGGAGAGCAAGAUUACUCAUGGAGCAAUCAUGUGCUGUCAAGUGCCCAUCAAUUUCAUACCAUUUAGCGGGCACUAAGAAGAUCCAGCAGGAGCUCGCAAAACCCAAUGUUCUUGAAAGGUUUGUAGAUAAUCCAGAGGACAUAUCAAAGCUUCGCAAAUGCUUUGCGGGAUUAUGGAGUUUGGACGACCCGAAUAUUGUAAAGGAUGCAAUGGACCAGCCUGAACUCUUUGUGCUCAAACCCCAAAGAGAAGGAGGAGGAAACAAUGUAUAUGGAGAUGAUGUGAGGGAAAAAUUGAAGGAAUUGCAUAAGGAAGGGGGUGAAGGGUUUGCUGCUUACAUUCUGAUGCAGAGGAUUUUCCCUCAAACUUCGGAUGCCCAUUUUGUUAGAAAGGGCUGUUAUCAUCGAGAUCAAGCUAUCUCUGAGCUGGGUAUAUAUGGAGCCUAUCUAAGGAACAAAGAAAAGGUUAUUUUGAAUAAUCAAUGCGGUUAUUUGAUGAGGACGAAGGUCUCGAGUUCAGAUGAAGGUGGGGUGGCGGCCGGAUUUGCAGUUCUUGAUAGUAUUUAUCUCACUUGAUUAAUCUCCUUUUAGUUUUUUUUUUUUUUCAAUUGGUCUCUAAAUUUGAGCGAUUUUAUUCCCAAAAAUAAGUGGGAUUAAGCUACAAUUGGUUUGCGUGUUGAUGUCUUAUGAUCAUUUGCUGUACACUAUGAGACUGGUGUUUCAAUUUCGAAAAACAUAAUUAAUUGGAUUUUCUUUAUUCUUUUCA